GCUAAGUUCAAAAAGCUCACCCUAUUUUUACUGUGCUGUAACAAUGAUGUUUCGCCGUGUCACACGUCAUACUUCCUUUCUGACGCGGGUGCAGUCGCGCCAUACCACCAUCCUUUCCGUCCGAAAGGGCGAUAAAGUCGUCCUGAUCGGGGAUCGCCAAGUCACCCUCGGCGAGCGCAUCGUCGCGAAGGCCAGCGCCUGCAAGCUCCGAAAGCUCAACGACAACGUCGCGGUGGGGUUUUCCGGCAGCACCGCCGACGCCUUUGCGCUGAUGGAGAAGCUCGAGAACAAGCUGAACGACUUUCCCGAUCAACUCACACGGGCCGCGGUGGAGUUGGCGAAGGAUUGGCGUACGGACCGCGCCCUGCGGCGUCUGGAGGCCUCGCUUAUCGUCUGCGGUCGUGAGGAGACGCUAGAAAUUGACGGCCAGGGUAAUGUCAUUACGCCCGAGGAAGACGGCAUCGUCGCCAUUGGCUCCGGCGGCACGUACGCGAAAGCCGCGGCGCGAGCUCUCAUCGAUCUUGAUGACUUCGACGCCGAGAAAAUUGCCCGGAAGGCGAUGAAAAUAGCUACUGACAUCGACGUUUUCAGCAACGGAAACUGGGAUAUGGAGUCCCUCACGCGUAGCACGAGUACAAUAAAGGAGUCUGCGGCGCCGGCUUCUGUGACUGGAAAUGAGGGUAAGGAAACUGAUAAAAAAUAAUACAAAUGCGUAAUGGGAAGAAAGACAACAAGGAAGCGGAGGGUAUGCAUCAUAAAAUAGGCAUCAUAUUCUCAUUUUUUUCUUCUUUCUUUGUCAUUUUUUAACGAGUCAUAACGAAUAGGGUCUUAACUUUUGGAAUUUCCUUCGCUCUUCUUCAGGUCCGUGUUUAAUAUGAAUGGAUUAGUAAGGUGACAUGUAAAACAUGUUGCUUGAUUUAUUAUUACAGUUGCGUCUAGAUUCCAUUAUUACACUAUUUACAUUUUAAUUCAUGCUAUUUGCAUCUCAAGUAUUGAUUUUAACUCCUUUGUGACCACCAUACGGCUGAAUUAUUUUUGUUCUUUAAUUAUAGAACUGCGCUUUAGGUUGAUAAAAGUAGAAACAGCGAUCCCCCAAACGAAGAGGGUUAUGUUUCUGAGACGCGCAGUAAUAGUUAAUUCAUUCAUCUCUCCUUUUUAUGAGUGUUGAGUAGCGUGGGAAUAUAUAUAUAUAUAAAUAUAUAUAUAUAUAUAUUUAUAUAUUUAUAUCCAUCUAUCUAUAUAUAUGUAUAAUACUAGAUAGAGUGAUCCUGUUUUUUGAUUCUUUAAUUUCUUUAGAAAGUGAGCUUUGGGCAUGUGAAUUUUUUUUUCAGUUUUUUUUUCACAUUCAAAGGAAAGAAUGAUCCUGAGCAUGGUAGUGAUUUUCGAGCACUUUAUCUUUUAUCACUUUUUUUUUCGAGAUGUUGGAGGAGGUAGAAUAUUGACUCGUAUUAAUUUAUGUUCUAAGUAGUUUAUAGCUUUAGAAACAUGGUGAUCAGAUGGAAAGAGAAUAAUGUUGCCUUCGGUUUAACACAAUACCAGCAUCAAGAGCCAUGCCUAUCGUUAUGGUAAAGCUAAUCAUCAUUCUUAUCCUUUGCGAAUGUGAACCUGUGGGCCGUGUUUCCAUCUGUUUUAUUUUUCCCCAGGGUGAUGAAAGAUGCAGUCUUUUUUCAUAAAGGAUAAAUACACGGUAUAUAUGCCAGGCCUCAACACAUGUUUUUUUACCUUUUAUCGCCAUAUAUUUACAGGUCAUAACGUUGAGAUCGGACCAAUGGUGUUCGAUUGUGUUUUUAUUUCUUCUAUUGAAUUGUAAUUCAGCAAGAUGACAUACAAAUCAUUUUGUAAACUACUGUUGCUUUACAUCCCGACAAGAAGGUACACUUGGCGCCUUAUAAGGAUUUUCGUCAACUUGGCCUAAUUGAAAGCUUAUCAAUUAUGGGCUUGCGCACAUCCAGGGGUACGAGGGAGAUAUGCAUCGCAGAGGGUGCACCUCUUUUCCAACUCCAAGCUUGACAUUGUGAAUAAUUUUUUCAUUAAACAUUUUUUUCGUGUCGAAUACAGUGCAUUCUUGCUUGCUGAGUGUGAUCGCUUGGAUUAUCGAGUCUAUUUCUAU